GGAAGCGAAGGCAAGAGGACGGACUAAGAGACGUCAGCAAGCUCAGAACUAUAAAUCUAUCUCACCCAGCAGCAUCCCCCGGCAGGGAAGCGCAGGCAGCUACACAUCUGUACUAUUACGAGUCUCCAAAACCUGCGUCUGCUCAGCCACUGUGGACCUCGCUCAGACAUGCCCCGUUUCUGAUAUCGGCGCACUGGAAGGAAAACAUCGAAAGUGCACAUUUUAAAAUUGGGUUUUUACGCGUUGCUGUUCGUCGGGAGAUACAAUCAAGUUUUGCUUUCUCCAUUUGGAUUGUGGAAUGCACCCUUUUCCUGUGAAAAGCCUGACAUAAUUCACGUUUGGAUCUAAUUGUACUCGUUUUUCAAGAGGACAAAACCUUUGGCACCGCAAUCGCUCUGCAUUCUUUUUCGUUUUUUUCUUCUUCUUUUUUUCUUUUGAGAAGACGCGGAACUCUGAAGUCUGGCUCGCGUUUCUGAUGUCUUCAUUCGACUCCCCUGCAGUUGCCGAUGUUGUGUCUCGCGCAGAUUUCCGCCGCGUAUCUCAACAUCCAAUUAAUUUGCAACUGAGCUCCAGAAGAGUUGUUCAGUCGCACCACUGACCAAUCGCCCCCAGUGUACCGGUGAACCCGACGCGUGGGGUGGUUUCUUUGAACUGCGAGAGGGGAAUGAGGAAACAAGGUUGUCGAUGCGAUCUGUCAAAUGAGCAAAUUUUCAUUUCCCUCGUAUUGGUACGGACACAUACGCGUGUGUUGUUCAAACGCAUGGAAGUCUCUCUUCAAAUUGAUUGCUGAUCACAAAUAUUGCCCAUUGUCUCAGGAUACAUUUUUCGAUCGAUAGACCUUGGGGAAUUAAAUGCAUCGACCUGUAUUCUGCUUGUUUUACACAUUGACUGCAGGUCUGCAUGGACCCGAUUUAAGGUUCCUUCAUAGGGACUGAAUCUAAAAUGAAGUUAUGGGACGUUCUGGCCAUGUGUUUCUUGCUGCUGAGCACCGCCUCCACGAACCCGCUGUCCCGAAAUCUUCAGUCCGCACAAACCUCCAGCUUCCCGGGGCAGCUCGGUGAUGUUCCGUCGCUACCACUGGAUAAACCCGAGUCUGAGCCGGAAUCCAACUCCGCAGCUGAAUCCGGCACUCUGCAGGAAUCCUCAACAGAAGAGCACUACGAAACCAACGGGCCGUUCCCGGAGGAGUACGAGGAGGUGAUGGAGCUCAUCCAGGCCACCAUUCGGAGGCUGCGCAGGUCCCCCGAGAAGGGCGGCGGCGGUGGGCGGGGCAGGAGGGGGCGGGACCGACAGAGGUCCCCGGCCAAUCGGGGAGGCAGGGAGGACAAGAAGGGGCGGGGCCGCGGAGGAAAAGGGGGGGGGCGGGGCCGGAACCGCGGCUGCGUGCUCAAGCAGGUCCACCUGAACGUGACGGACCUGGGUCUGGGGUACCGGACCAAAGAGGAGAUGAUCUUCAGGUACUGCAGUGGGCCCUGCGUGAACUCGGAGACCAACUACGACAAGAUACUGAACAACCUGACGCACAACAAGAAGCUGGAGCAGGACCCCCCCCCGGCCCGGGCCUGCUGCCGCCCCACCGCCUUCGACGACGACCUCUCCUUCCUGGACGACAGUUUGACGGAGUAUCACACCCUGAAGAGGCAUUCCGCCAAGCGGUGCGGCUGCGUGUGACUUCCUG